AUGCAUAAAGGCGAUGAUUUGGCAAAACAUGUGACAAACUUUUGUGAAACUGCUGCGAAACUCAAUGAUAUCGGCAUUGUAGUCCCACACGAAAUGCUAGUAACGUUACUUAUGAAUCCGAGGAAUUGUCACUUCAAAAAGGCAUUUCCUAGAAUUAACGAAGCAGUUAAUUACGGAACAAACAUGAUAAAUAAAAAUAGAUAUGAAGUACUAAGUUAUUUUCAAGAACAAGAAAUAAAUAUUGAUCAAAGUAGGUUAAUGCUGAUGAAUAAACCUAGAAGAAUUAUGGAAAGAAGACAAACUGAAAAUGGCAGAUAUAUACAAAUGAAUAACAGGAAUUUAAAACAAACAAGUGAAGAGAGAAAUUCACAAAGGCGUGAAUAUUGCGGCAAAAUUAUAGAAAUAGAAGAAAUUAGAAAAUCACAAAUAAUCCAUGAGGAGCUAGUUAAAAAACUGGGAGAAAAAAUAAGGAACAAAGAAUGUGAUGAUCUAGAGGAAGUUGUGAAUGAGAAAAACUCAGAGUUGAUUAAUGAUAAAGCAGUGGAAGAGGUAGUUGAUAAUAUUGCGCCCUUUGAAGUGGGUGAUGAUAUUGGUAAAUAUCUUAAAGGAAAUAGAGCAACAGGUUCGUCCGGAAAAGAAAUUCUACUCAAAAUUAUUAAUAAGUAUUGGCUGUCACCGAAUGAAAUUCCUGAUUGGAAUAAAUAUAGAAUUAUUUUAAUUAAAAAGAAGAGCAAUAAUUCUGAUGAUAGCAAUGCAUAUAGACCAAUUACUUUAGCGUCAUGUAUUGCUAAAAUAAAAGAUAGGAUGAUAAAAAGAAGAGUCGAGUGGUGGAUUGAAAACAAUCAGUUACUGCCCAAAAGCCAAUUUGGCUUUAGAAAAGGAUUAAGCACGCAAGAUAGUUUAAGUAUAUUUUCCACAGACAUACAUCUAGCUUUUUCAAGAAACACUUAUGUCGUUGCACUGUUUUGCGACAUAAAGCGUGCAUACGAUAAUGUGGUGCCGGGAAAAUUAGCAGGAAGUCUUGUACAUGCUGGCUUACCAGAAAAAUUGAUCAAUGCUAUGAUAUAUUCUACCUUCCAUAGAGAAAUCGUAGUUAAACCCAAUGAAAAUGCAAAGAUUGGAAGAGUUCUUCGACAGGGGCUACCUUAA